UUGAUUUAAUAUGAUAAACAAAAUCGUGCGUGAGUAUGCCUCCAAGAUUUGUACAAGACUACAAGUUUAUAAAAGAAGGGAAGUCAAAGUCUGGUGUGUGGGUGUGUUCUUACAUAGUUUCAUCUGAAACGACAUCGUUUAAGGGUUCGGAAAGCGGAAAGAAGGAAAAAUGAAGGCGUUGGGAUGGUGGCUGAUAGCGGUUGGGACGCUUCGAUUAAUUUCCGUUUGGUUCGGUUUCUUCGACAUUUGGGCUCUUCGACUCGCCGUCUUCUCUAAAACCACCAUGAGUGAAGUUCAUGGACGCACAUUUGGAACUUGGACACUGUUGACCUGCACCCUCUGCUAUAUCUGUGCAUUCAACCUUGAUAAUAAGCCUCUUUACCUGGCUACUUUAUUGUCAUUCGUCUAUGCGUUUGGUCAUUUCUUGACCGAAUACCUAAUUUAUCAUACAAUGGCGAUUUCGAAUCUCACUACUGUCAGCAUAUUUGCAGGUACAUCCAUAGUAUGGAUGCUAUUGCAAUGGAAUACACACCUUAAAAUCUGUUCGAAGCGAUCUAACAAAAAGGAUUAGCAUGCAAAAAGCCAAAAGCCACGGGAGACCAAAGUAAUAUGUGAUUGAUACUUUAUUGAACUAUGUUAGAAAACGAAUGUUACACUUAGUGGGUACUUGGAUUAUGUCGGUUUUUUGAUUUUAAAUCUAGAAUUUUCUGCUUUAAUCUCGAGUUAUUUAACUCAACAAAUCACCAAAUUACAUUGUUACGCAUGAGUAAGUUAGAAACAAUAUCAACGGUAAACUUAGUUUCUAUAGUA